AGCCUCUCUCUCUCUCUCCCUCCCCAUCUCCCUCUCGCCGUCCCGUUCCCCCCGGCCCCCGCCUCUCCCCGCCCUGCCGCCGCCGCCGGCCCUGGCAGAGCAGGCACGGCGGGGGGAUCUCGAUGUAACACCAUGACAGGCAUCGCCGCCGCCUCCUUCUUCUCCAACGCCUGCAGGUUCGGGGGCUGCGGGCUGCACUUCCCGACCCUGGCGGAGCUCAUCGAGCACAUCGAGGACAACCACAUCGAUACAGACCCACGCGUAUUAGAGAAACAAGAACUUCAGCAGCCAACGUAUGUUGCUCUAAGUUAUAUUAAUAGAUUUAUGACUGAUGCAGCUCGACGUGAGCAGGAAUCUUUGAAGAAAAAGAUUCAGCCAAAACUCUCUUUGACUUUGUCAAGCACAGUAUCCCGUGGGAAUGUAUCUACUCCACCUCGCCACAGCAGUGGAAGCCUUACUCCUCCAGUUACCCCUCCAAUCACUCCUUCCUCUUCGUUUCGUAGUAGUACUCCUACAGGUAGUGAAUAUGAUGAGGAGGAAGUAGACUAUGAAGAAUCAGACAGUGAUGAGUCCUGGACUACAGAAAGUGCUAUCAGCUCUGAAGCUAUCCUUAGUUCAAUGUGCAUGAAUGGAGGGGAUGAGAAACCUUUUGCCUGUCCUGUUCCUGGAUGUAAAAAAAGAUAUAAGAAUGUGAAUGGUAUAAAGUACCACGCCAAGAACGGCCACAGAACACAAAUCCGCGUACGCAAACCAUUCAAAUGUCGCUGUGGAAAGAGUUACAAGACAGCUCAGGGCCUGCGGCACCACACAAUCAAUUUCCAUCCCCCCGUGUCUGCUGAGAUUAUCAGGAAGAUGCAGCAAUAACAUGCUGGUCACAAAUGUGCCAAGAAAUCCUCACCAGCAGUUGCUGAUUUUGAGAACAGCCACCUUUUUCAGGGGAAGCAUUCAGCAACCCUUUAAACAAUUAAAUGCAUGCUUUAAAAUUUUCUGUAAUUUUGGAAUGAUGUAUCUUUGUAGAGUUAAUGAUUUUGUACAUUUGCACAUGUAAUCAUCAUACCCAUUUUCAUUACUUUGAGAUAAGGUGCUAUAAAAGCUAUAGGUUCUUCAGAACUUUUUUUCUCCAAAAACAAAAAAAUUAGGGGGUGUCGCGUAUUUAGUUGUACUGAAGUGUUGAAUAGGAGUAAGAGGAGGAGAGCUUGGCACUGAUGUAAUUUCAAGAUUGUAAUGUGAUGAAGACUUUCAAUGCAUCUGUCAGUGUGUGUGCAAAACCAAAACAAUACCACCGUUGUCAAACUACAGUUAACAUGCCUUACAUAAUGGAGUUAUCAGUGGAGUAGCAAGUCUUUUAGGUAAUGGAAAUAUAAAUAAGAAAGAAUGUUUAACAUAAUAUGCUAAAAAUAUUUUCAUACUUAAAUAACAUACAUAAAAAUGUGUGCUUGCUGUAUUUUAUAUUAUCUUGCAAAUCUUUUUUUUCCCUCUUGAAAUGCUGAAAAUCUUGCCAUUUGAACUAGUAAACAAUCACUUUAGUGUUAGAAAUUACUUUUUUUUCUUUUUUGUACAAG